GCAAAAGGUACUCCAUCUCUUUGGUCAGACAGUGAGCGUUUAGUGUUUCAUUGAAAAUCUGUUGAAAAUCAUUGGAAUCAGUUGGUGGGGUCUUCCGCAUAAACAGCCAGUGAAGGCAGAUUAAAUUAACGUGCGUCUUUAAUUCUUGGAUUGAGAACUUAUCAUAUUGCCAAGAUGUUGAUACAACCGACCGAGGAGAUGUCCAAACUCAUUAGAGUGGAGCUCAAUGAAAAUGUGGAAACAAGGGACAAGGAUGUACAGAUUAUCAAGGAUUGGCUAAAAAAACAGCCACACUUGCCGAAUACUUUUGACGACGAGAGAUUAAUGACUUUCUUGAGGGGUUGCAAGUUCUCCUUGGAGAAAUGUAAAAAGAAAUUAGACAUGUAUUUCACGAUGAGAGCAGUAGCCCCAGAAUUCUUCAGCAAUCGAGACAUCACGAGUCCCGAGAUGAGAGGUCUUCCCGCACUUAUACAAAUACCACCGCUUCCUGGACUCACGAAAAACGGUCGCCGUGUGGUGAUAAUGCGGGGACUAGACAAGAAUCUACCAACACCUAACGUCGCUGAAUCCAUGAAACUCGUCAUGAUGAUAGGAGAUGUACGUCUCAAGGAGGAACUCGUUGGAGUUGCUGGAGAUGUGUAUGUCCUUGAUGCAUCUGUGGCAACAGCUUCUCAUUUUGCCAAGUUUACACCAAAUCUCGUCAAGAAAUUUCUCGUUUGUGUGCAAGAGGCUUAUCCUGUGAAACUCAAGGAGAUUCACGUGAUUAAUGUCAGCCCUUUGGUGGAUUCCAUUGUUAAUUUCGUCAAGCCCUUCCUCAAGGAGAAAAUUAGACACCGUAUUUUCAUGCACAGUAAUAUUACAACCCUCUACGAUUACGUACCCAGGGAAAUACUGCCUACAGAAUAUGGAGGUGAUGCUGGAUCCAUUAUGACAAUCAACGAAACUUGGAUGAAGAAGUUGGAAGACUACAGGCCAUGGUUCAAGGAGCAAGAGGCAGUUAAAUCUAACGAAGCAUUGAGACCCGGCAAACCAAAGACUCAGGAUGAUCUAUUCGGAAUUGACGGUUCAUUUCGUCAACUCUCGUUCGAUUGAUAAAUAAUUACACAGCAAGAAUGGAAUAUCUGUUGGGUGUCAGUGGGACAAAAAAAUCUGAGCUAUAAAUCAUUUUUAUAUUUUCAACAUUA